UCUGGCACAGCAACUUGCUCAAUUUCUGGGGCCCAACAGAGAAACAUCGUGCCGAGAGACAAUCUAGCUCCAGCGGAUCGGAAAAGCAGGGAAGGAGUCGCAGAAUACCUGAGCACCAACCCCAGCUAGGCUACAACAGGCCAGACUGGAAGACCCUGGAGGCGGCCUACCAUGAGGCUCAGCAUUCCCUUGCUCCUAUGUGUUGUGGGUCUCAGUCAGGCAGACAGGGAGAAGAUCUAUAAUGGCGUUGAGUGUGUGAAGAACUCCCAGCCUUGGCAGGUGGGGCUGUUCCAUGGCAAAUACCUGCGCUGUGGUGGUGUCCUUGUGGACCGCAAGUGGGUCCUUACGGCUGCUCACUGCAGUGGCAAGUACAUGGUGCACCUUGGGGAACACAGCCUCAGCAAGCUGGAUUGGACGGAACAGUUGAGACUCGCCUCCUUCUCCAUAACACACCCCAGCUACCAGGGAGCCUAUCAGAACCAUGAGCAUGAUCUUCGACUCCUGCGGCUGAACAGACCCAUCCGCCUGACCCAUGCUGUCCGGCCUGUAGCCCUGCCCAAUUCCUGUGUACCUACAGGGGCCAAGUGUCACAUCUCAGGAUGGGGUACUACAAACAAGCCAUGGGACCCAUUCCCAGACCAGCUCCAGUGCCUCAACCUCUCCACUGUCUCCAAUGAGACAUGCCGGGCCGUGUUUCCUGGGAGAGUGACGGAGAAUAUGUUGUGUGCAGGUGGAGAAGCUGGAAAGGAUGCCUGUCAGGGUGACUCUGGAGGUCCCCUGGUGUGUGGCGGGGUUCUUCAAGGUCUGGUUUCCUGGGGAUCUGUUGGGCCGUGUGGUCAAAAGGGCAUUCCAGGGGUCUACACGAAGGUCUGCAAAUACACGGACUGGAUCAGAACAGUCAUCAGGAACAACUAAGUGGCUCCCUCGGUCUGCACAGAGCUCUGCUUAGGGACCGGACCAUUGUGACCCUCAGAGCACCAAGGUCUCCUUCCUCGCCACUCUUGAAACCUCGAGUCUACCUAUAGCAGUAGAGAGGGGUCUGUACAACUGUCUGGAAUAAAAGUUACACAACCAAGGGAA